UUUCUGACAACACCGUUAGCUUCCCAUUUUUCAGUCUGUGCUGAAAUAGAUUGUGCCAUGCAGAAAGGAAGGGAGGCUUGCAUCACGUGGAGACGUUUGAGUAUAGAUGAAGUGAAAUAGCCACAAAGCAUCAUCAGGGGUGGCGCAAGGGUCGUUUGUAAAGCAACAUGCACGUGUCCAGGGCGGAUCCCUGUCCAGUUAACGGGACAGCAGCCAUUCCAAGGAGGCGCAGCAUGAGGAACAUGUCUCUCCUGGAGCACCUGCGAGGCUGUCAGAGAGGCUGGUGCCCUGUGGCGCCCUGGGAUAGAGCGAAGGCCCACUCUGCCCUCUGUGGGACGCCUGCUGGGAGUUUCAUGGUCGUGCGGGAUGGUUUGACAUCUCUGCCCAGUUUGCUGUGCGUUUCUGCAGAAGGAGAGGAUGAAGCGGUUCUUGAUUAUGAUGUCACAUGCACAGGCACAGUCUUCCAGCUGUCUGAGUCGUGUCUUUCUUUCUCGGAGUUGGCUCACUUGGUGUUCUUCUACUCUUUGAGCAGGGACGUGUUGGCUGUCUGUCUAAAGUUUCCUCGCUGGAUCUACAAUGUAACUGGGAUCGCCAAAGAUCGUCUUUCUCAGCUCCAACCCAAAACCUGGCUCAGCACACCGCCUGACCAGAUGACUGAUGCAGAUGUGAAUGAGUUGGAGCCAAACACCAUGAUGUGCUCCAUACAGUUAACCUCAGCCAACGGAGCUCUGUGUGUCAUCAACCCGCUCUAUCUUCUUGAGCAUGGAGAUGAUUGGCUGACGCAUCAGGCAACCAGCGUGCAGUGCCCAACACAGACGCCAACUUACAGGCGAGAGAGGCGCCUCAGUUCCACUCGAAAGUGGGUUGGGGCCGGCCUGAGGAGCAGCCGAGCCGUCUCACUGGACCAAGAAGCCUUUGUUGGCACUGAAGGCUCAGGUCGGAUCAGACGCAAGUCUGAAGAAUCCGAGCCAACCUCGUCGGUGUCAUCCCCUCAAGGAGGCGUUGUCCUCAGGAGGUCCAGCCAAGGUUCCACCUCUACCCUCUCCAACAAAGGGAGCACGGGGAGCUUGUCUGCUUCUAGCACUGAGCUGCAGAACCGUGACAGCGCCGGGUCUCAGUCCCCUCACAGGGUCUCCUGGAUCGAGGAUGGCUUCUGGCUGCCACCGCCCACCAGGCCUUCUUCGUUACUCCCGCCACCGUACUCUGAGCUGGACUCGCUGUCCAUCAGCAGCAUAGAAGAAGAACAGGAACACCAGUCGCCGAGCCCCACGUCCCAUCACCCGUCGGCCCACCGGCUGGCUGACAAAGUCAUAAAUCGCCUCUCCGCAGUGGGCCAGGCACUCGGCAGCCUGGUGUGUCAGAAGAAGAGGCUGACCAAUCGCGUUGUGGAGCUGAGCGACAGGAAACGGGGACCUUUUGCAAUGGCCGUGAAGGAAUUUGUGGAGGCAACGCUGGAGAGAGGAACUGACAUCACGGGGUCAGAGUUCUUACAGGAAGUGAGGUCAUCGCUUACAUCACUGAGGGAGACUCUCCUGGAUUACCCUGAUAUCCAGGCGCUGUUGGACAGUAUGACCGACCUCAGUGACUCAGAGAUAGACCCCCUGGUGGAGCUCUCCGUGCACAAGGUGGCCUUAAAGCCGGUGUCGGCUCACCUCUACUCCUGCAUCCACAUCUGGCGGUCCAACGACGGCAGUUUGCAGCGUCUGGAGCACAACCAGCGUGUUCUGGAAGACAACGGCGUGGAGGCGCUGGGGGGAGCGUCGGGCGUCGGAGUUCCGGACUUAGUCACCCUUGAGCGGAUCCAGCAAAGAUGGGCAAGUAUGCACAAGGCCUACUCCCCCAACAAGAAGGUCCAUAUCUUGCUCAAAGUCUGCAAGAGCAUCUACCACAGCAUGAGCUCCAAUUCCAAUUCAGAUGUGGUAUUGGGAGCUGACGACUUCCUGCCCUGCCUGACGUGGGUGUUGCUGCGCAGUGACCUGCUCAACUUGCAGAUUGACACAGACUACAUGAUGGAGCUGCUGGACCCCGCACAGCUUCAGGGAGAAGGUGGCUACUACCUGACAACCUUGUACGCCGCUCUCUACUACAUCAGCAGCUUCCGGCCGCGCUUGGCCGCCCGUCAACUCAGCGUGGAAGCCCAGCACUCUCUCAGCCAAUGGCAUCGCAGGCGCACCGUGCACAGCAACCAAUCCCGGCACAGUAAGCGCAGACGGACCGUUCGCAGACAGACGAGUCCUGAGAAGGCCGUGCAGGCGGAGGAUGGCGACACCGGGGAAGUGGGGGAAAGUGUGAUGGGUGAUCCACAGCAGCAGACAGAAAUGAACACGGAUGAGACGCUGGACUCUAAUGACAACUGGACACAAGAUUAAAUGUGUCUUACUCUCACAUCCCACCCAGAAAGCCAAAUUAUGGUAGAUAUUCAAAUUGAUAUCAUGGGAAUAUGACUAACUUUGUUCAGUAAACACAUGAAAGAACAUACAGUAUAUUACUGCUUACAUGUCAUUGGGGACUUUAUAUUCAUAAAAAUGUAUAGAUUAUUAUCAUAGCAUAAAUAGAUGUUUAGAGUUUGAUUUAUAUUUUUAUAUAGUUGACACCUGGAUCAUAGCCAUGUUGAUGAAAAUUGACAGUAAAUAAAUAACCAUAACAACAAUGAAACACCAAAUAAUUGAACAACGUCAGUGGCGCUUAUUCGCCACCAGGGGGCAGUAAUGUGUGUUCUGAAGCAGAGUCAUGUAUAAAGAGAGCAUGGCCAACUAAGCAACAGGCACCAUGACUGCUACUUAGGACGUGUAGCACAGAUGCAUGCAAUUGCUGUCAUUUUGAUGUUCGCUUUUCUGACCAAAUAAACCAAAGUAAUAUGUCUAAAUAUAGUUCUAAACAUACUCCAGCGCAUACACUUUCGUCAAAGUAUAAUUUUGCCGCCGUAGUCGACGCACUCUGCUGCUACGUUCCUGCGACCAGCGACACUCUAACACGCACUCGGCGGGGCAACAAACGUAAAAAAAAAUACACAGAACGACCAAAAAAUAACUUGCUCCUCUCAUUUUGCCAAAAUCUUCUUUAGCUUUAGAGCAGGGGUGUCAAACGUAAGGCAGGUUUUAUCCGGCCUGCGGGAUGAGUUUGCUUAGUAUAAAAAUGAGCCGACAUUUUUGAAUGAAAGAAACUGCUGUUCUAAAUGUGUCCACUAGAUGUCGCAAUAGCAAUUAUUUGUAUCUUUGUAGAUGAUGCUACAUGUGUAAAAAAAAUUUGUGCACCAGUCAAGGAAAAUGAGCAAACUACAUAAAUAACAUCCUGUAAUUUGAUUUUUAUAUUAUUGUUUUAUCUUGAUUGAUUGAAAAUUGACUGAUGAACAUUAUUACAUAAUUUAUUCAUAAAAUAUAAAUAACGACAAAUAAAUGUAGAAUACUAUUAACCGCAACAUGUAAGUGUAAAAAAAAAAAAAACCAUUAUGAUUUGUACAUUUUCAGAAUGUGCUUUCAACAAAGAACACAAUCUGAAGUUGUCUUUAUUUUUAAGUUACCCUGCCGUGAUUUUACCAGUCCGGCCCCACUUGGGAGUAGAUUUUUCUCCAUGUGGCCCCCCCAUCUAAAAUGAGUUUGACACCCCUGGUUUAGACCAACAAUCACGCAGAAAUAGUGCUUUGUGUGUGAAGUAUGUCAACUGUGGUGUCUGCCACCAAUGUAUUGUAAUCACUCAUUAUGUAUUAUUCAAACUGAUCUUUCUUUUUUGUAUCAUGCUAAGUUAAUAAGUGUACAUGUUCUACCUAUUUCCCCAUAUUUCUACACAAUAACUCAGAAUAUAAAGAAUAUGGCGGGAUUUUUGGUCCAGAACGUAUUUUGCUUUAUUCAUUAUUUACAUAUUUCUUGCCACCUUAUGUCGAAUGUUUUUUAUGAGAUUUUCAGUUCACUUUCUCAUCCAUUAUUACACCCAAAAUGUGGUUUCUUUUACUCUUUCUCCAUCUAUUUGUAUUUGCGUUUGACUUUCUCUUCUAUUGUUACCAAGAUGCAUUAUUUUAGUUUUACUGAGAUUCAAAGUUAGUCUGUUUUUGUCAAAUCUUCUGUUAAAUGUAUUCAUUUCUUCUAUUAUUAUUAUUAUUGGUGGCUCUCCAGUGUUUGACAGCGAACCGGCACUUCCCAUACUUGCCUGAUUUCCGGGUUGUUGGUAAAGCAAUGGAAACGCUUUCCAGAAUUCACGCAGGACUUUAUGCUGCACAACAGGACAUUUUUUACAUGGCAAAAAACUAAGGAGGAAGCACCGCAAACAAAGAAUCAGCUCAAAGUUGGAAGUACGGUAGUCACCUGAGUGCCUUUUGACCAAUUGUUGAGGACUUUCUCUUCAUACUCGACUCUGUUCUGAGGGAACUCCCUGAAAAAAGAAAAUAUAUAUACAUAUAUUUUUAUCUUUUUAUAUUUUUUUAAAUUUUAACGGGCAAAAUGGUGCGCCGUCGUCAUAUCGUGACAUUGCUGGUUUUACGAGCAGACGAGCAUGUUCGGCAGCGCACAAUCACAGAGUAGGCAAGGCAAGGCAAGGCAACUUUAUUUGUAUAGCGCUUUUCAUACACAAGGCAGACUCAAAGAGUACUUACAAACAGACACUGUGUGUAGACAGAAAAGGGAGAACGGAUGCAUUUUGGCUUAAAAAACUAACGAUAAAUGUCAAGCUACAACACUGAAGCGCCGCCCUACAAGAGGUGCUUUAAAACAUGGCUAGCGAGUUAGCGGGUAACGUCCAUCCACAGUCCGGAGUGUUUCGGCUCCUUCUAAAUCACUAACCCUCGCCUCCAUGGCGACAAAUAAAGUACGUUUCUUACAAGUAUCAUCCCUGCAUGACGAGGAAUAGCUAAACAUGCUUCACUACACACUGUAGGAGGAUACAAUAGCUAACCGGCGUCACCACUAAGAAAAGCUAGCGCUCCUGAAUGUAAACAACUGCCAUGGAUGAAUCUACACCUGACAUCUAGUGUAAUUAUACCAAGUACAAGAGCGUAUCCAGUUGAUACUACAAUGAUAACAUGGAUAUUUUUUACCGUCGCAAAGUCGUUUUUUCUUUUCUUAAAUGUAAAUUAAGUUUAUAAUAAAUAUGUCCCUGGACACAUGAGUACUUUAAAUCGGACCAAUGUAUGAUCCUGUAACUACUUGGUAUCGGAUUGAUCCUAACAUUUUUGGUAUCAUCCAAAACUAAUGCAAAGCAUCCAAACAACAGAAGAAUAAGAGAUUAUUACAUUUGAACAGAAGUGCAGAAGGAACAUGUUAAAACAGAAAAUAAGCAGAUAUUAACAGUAAAUGAACAAGUAGAUUAAAGAUCAAUUUUUAUAGCUUGUCCCUCAUAAUUCUGACAAAAUAAAAGAAUAGUAAAAGAAUGGUUAAUAAGUAUCGAAAUACAUUUCGGUACAUGCAACCAGAAUAGUUAAUUCUAAUGCUAUGUCCUUUGACUGUGACUUAUUUUCCAGUCCUGUCGGGUCUUGUGCACAUACCUGGGCAAUUUUUAUUAAAAAAAUAGCUUGCAAACUAAUCAUUCGCCCCAAAGAGCUGUUCAAAAGAUUUGACUCUUUCCAGAACUGCACAUCUCAAUAAAGGAUCCAUUGUUGGCAGGCCCAGAACCGGUUGUCCUUUUUUUUUAUUCAUGUGAAACAAUUUUUAUACUUAUACUUAAGCAAAUAUUUGUUAACGCUUUGUUUUGUCUUUCAAUACAAAAUAUCA